AGCCAGAACGUAACAUAAUUGCAAAAUCCAGAGGAUCUUCAAUUCUACAUCAUUAUCAAAAUGGAGGGUUCUACUUCUAAGGUGGUGUUGUUGGUGAUGGGUUGGGCCUUGAUGGUGGUGAUAGCAGAGGCGCAAGAUCUUCCCCCUUGCGCUAAUCAGCUAUCUCCAUGCGCAGCCUACUUGAACUCCACAAGCCCACCACCCAACAUUUGCUGCAAUCCCAUCAAAAUCAUAGACUCAACCGAGAAAAGCUGUUUCUGUGAACUUGCCUUAUCUCCUUCUAUUCUUCAAGGUUUUGGUAUCAAUACAGCUCAGGCUCUCCAACUUGUCCAAUUAUGUGGUGUCAACUUCGAUCUCACCUCCUGCGAAGCAUCGUCCCCUGUAGGUCUGCCUCCGUCGUCGGUGCAACCCCCAGCAACUCCUGGAGGUGACGAAGGAGGUGCAGGCAGGAUCACAUUCACUGGGCUAUCCUUCUUACUGCUCUUUUGGGCCCUUGCGUGGUUUAAUUAGAAAGGGCCGUGUUUACAUUUCAUAAACCCCCCUGACAAAAAAAAAGUUGGAGUUAAUAAUCCUUUUUCAUUAUUGAAUGUAUUUGCUUGCAUUGAGUAGUGUGUUACAUAUUUGUAUUUAUCAUUUUUUACUUAAAGACAUGUUAUAGUGAGAGUGUUUCCUGGUUAAUAAGAAUGAUAGUGUUUCUAAA